AUAUUAAUUGAUAGAGUUAUUGAUUAAUAUUGAUAUAGUUAAAUAGAAAAGUGUAAUCUUCCCAAUUUAUCACAUGCAAAUUCUUCCAGAACUUCUUCUGGGGUUUUAAUUAAUUCUUCACUUUUUUUCUUUCUUGAUUGAUAGCAGAGCUAGGUUAAGUAUAUAAUAGUUUUCCGGUCAUACUUGAUCAGUUGUACAUUUUUAUUUUUCUCAUUGUUGAAAAACUUCUUUCAGCUGCUGCACUUGAAACUGGAAUAAUUAAUACUAGUCUGUACAUUUCUUCUAGUUUAAUCUUUAUAAGUACUUAUUAAUUAUUAUAGGUCAAAAAGUCAAAAAAUUAUUGUAACUUUAACUGAUUGAAAAUAUCAUUAGUAAUAUUUAAAAAAGAUGUUAAAGUAGAAAACAUCAUAAUAGAAGAAGAAGAAGUAGAAGAAGAUGAUACCAUAAAGAAAACAUACAUUUUGUUGUUUGGCAGUCAUAGUUUGAGUAAUAAGUUCUAGCAUGGCUUCUUCAAAUUCUAGCAAUGGUAAUUCCAACUCAAAAAAAUUUAAAUUCAAUUCUUUUUUAAAUUUGUCAAGUUCAAAAAGUUCUUCAAACAUUUUACAAGUAAAAGAAAUGCCAACACACCUGCAAUUAAUAAGUAAUAGCACACGUAAAAAAUGGUAUGAUGUAACAGUAAAAAAUGCAAAAAGUGGCAGUAGAACUUUAAAAAAACCAAGGCCUUGUAUACCAAUAGAGUGUAAGAAUAAAUGCCCACAAACUUCGUGUUGUAUUCGUAUUACUAACUUGACAAGGAGAGUUACUGUUCAUUGCCUUCGACAAAUAUUUUCUGAUUUUGGAACUAUAAAAAAAUUGGAUCUACAUUUCAACCACUAUGAUAGAAUUUCUAAAGGAUUUUCUUACAUAAUGUUUUCCACUUCAGAAGAAUCUGAAAAUGCUGUAAGAAAUAUGAAUGGAUGUGAAAUUGAUGGACAUGAAAUAAUAUGUGAACAAUGGUUCUUGCCAUAUACAGAAUGCCGCGUAAGUUCUAUACUUCGUGGUGCUUACAGCGGAGUUGGAUACCAAAGAGGUUCAUCAAGGUGUAUAUCACCAACUUAUACUACACAACGUUCUUCUCAACUAGAUAGAUUAAGUUCUCGUUCUGGAUCUCUUUCUAAUUCUGUAACGCCUUAUGAUUACUUACCAACAAACAAAUCUUUCUCUGGGACUUCAAGACGAUCAUAUUCUAGAUCUCCAAGGCAAUCUAGAUUUAGAUCUUGUUCUAAUUCCUCAACAAUUUAUCAUUCUAAAUCUCAAAGAAAAUCUCGUAGUAGAUCUCGUUCUAAUUAUCAUAGUAUACAGGAUUCUAUGCGUUCAAAAAGUUCCCGCUCUAGAUCUUCAAAAAGAUCUCGUAAUAUAUAUUCUAGAGAGCCAUAUUAGCUUUAUUAAAAAUAAAUAAAUCUAAACUCUUUCCAAUCCUUAUAAAUGCAUUGAUAUAAAGAAGUACAAAUUAUUAUUAAAGUUGUUGUUUUUUUUUUUUACAUUUAUUACUAAUAUUUUAUUUUGUAUACUAGUAUAAAAUCAAGGUCCUUCAUCUUAGACAAGUCGAUAAGUCGUAUAAAUCGCAGCAAAAUAGUAUAAAUAUAUUUUUCAACAUGUCAAUUAAUUGUUAUCUGUAAACGUAACUAUUAUUACAUCAGAGUAAAAAUAAAAUAAAGAAUUAUUUAUCAACCAUUUGAAGUUCUAAAUAACUAAA